GGUACAUAUUGCAGUAGGUUUAGUCAAUCCAUAAAAAAACUAAGUGAAAAAGUAGAUUCAUUUAUUUCUAAAUUUAAUUUAAUUACUUUGGAAUUUUCUUUUACUUCCAAUUUUCUUAAAAUUAAAAAUCCCACUGCACGUUUCUUUCUUUCUAUUUUUUUCAAGUUUUUUACUUCUUACAGUCACCUAUCGUGAUUUGAUCUCUUCUGCUCUGAUUGGAAAUAAUAUUAUUCAAGUAGGCAACAGCUAAUCAAUUUUGACCUACUCACGUAGAGAGAGAGAGAGAAGAGGAGAGAGGGGUUUCAAUGGCCAGAAUGCUAAUGAGCUUUCCGACCAUCGACGCCGGCGUCGGAGUGCUGCCGGCCAACUGGUGGGAUGAGAUCAACGAGUCCGUCGAAUGGCAAGACGGAAUAUUCUACUCUCUCUGCGCGGCCUAUGCCCUCGUUUGCUCCGUUGCCCUUAUUCAAUUGAUAAGAAUUGAACUUAGGGUUCCUGAAUAUGGUUGGACCACGCAAAAGGUUUUCCACCUCAUGAACUUUAUAGUAAAUGGAGUGCGUGCUAUUGUGUUUGGAUUUCAUAAGAAUGUCUUUCUUCUACAUCCGAAGGCGCUCUCUUUGGUUUUGCUGGAGUCUCCUGGCCUGCUCUUCUUCUCCACAUAUACUCUUCUUGUUCUUUUUUGGGCAGAGAUAUAUCAUCAGGCCAGAAGUCUGCCGACUGAUAAACUAAGGAUCUGUUACUUCGCUAUCAACAGUGGAGUAUACUUUGUACAGGCUUGUAUAUGGGUGUACCUCUGGAUAGAUGAUAACAGCACUGCAGAAUUCGUUGGAAAAAUAUUUAUUGCAGUGGUGUCAUUUGCAGCUGCAUUAGGAUUUCUGCUGUAUGGAGGAAGGUUAUUUAUCAUGCUAAGACGCUUCCCUAUUGAAUCUAAAGGGAGGAGAAAGAAACUUUAUGAGGUUGGAUCCGUAACUGCUAUAUGCUUCACUUGUUUCCUUAUAAGGUGCUUUGUGGUUAUGCUCUCAGCCUUUGAUUUAGAUGCAUCACUUGAUGUGUUGGACCAUCCAGUUCUGAAUGUAAUCUACUACACGCUGGUUGAGAUUCUUCCUUCAGCUCUUGUCCUGUACAUCCUGCGCAAGCUGCCUCCAAAAAGAGUACCAUCAGCACAGUAUCAUCCAAUCCGGUAGUCAAUGCAUGAAAAGCCCAUAUACAUCAAUUUGUUGGCAUUCUUGGCAAGACCAAAUUGGAGCCUUGAAGCAAACCAGAUUUAUUAUCACUCUGGGUUGGCUCUGGUCAUGAUAUUUCAUUUUGCGUGCAUUUUGUGGGAGUCUGAUGUUGACGAUGCUGAUUAAUUAAAUUCUUGGUUUCUGUGGUGUUGACAAUUUUGCUAUUUUGUCGGCCUCACGGUUUGCUUUGUACUCUGUAGAACUUGGCCUUUCUGUCACCACAGUUUGUAGUUGCUUGUAUGGUUUCAAGUUAAAUAAUUGUGGAGGUUUAGAAUUCUCA